AUGGAUCGCACGGCCACCAGGAUGCCCUCUGAAUCGAGCUACUGGAUCGUCAGCGUGCCCGUGCAGGAGGAGAAGAGCACCGAGCAGAUGCACCGAGAGCUUGUCUCGCGGCUGGUACGGGACUCGGCAUGCGAGGAGCAGGACCUGGCGCCGCUCCCCCUGCCUGAGCUCAAGACGGGCACGCUCGAGUCGCUGAUUAUCAUGGCGGAGGACCUUCCCAAGAUCGACGCGCUCUUUGGCUCGAUUACGACGCGCAUUGUCGACACGCUGCGGGCGCUCGUGAAUGACGACGAGGAGGCGCUCAACGAGCACCUGCUGAUCGACGGACAGAGCGUAGAGGACUACCUCUUGUCGUGGCACUGGCACAACGGCAAGUACCGCGCGGACAAGUCGCUCAACGAGAUCGUCGAGCGCCUAACGCGCGAGAUGCAGUCUAUCGACCAUGUCAUGAAGCAGAAGCUCAACACCUACAAUGCGGCCAAGGGCCAGCUGCAGCAGCUCGAGCGCAAGAAGCAGUACGUAUCCAGCGCUUACCCCAGCGGCAACCUGUCUGUGUGCUCGCUCGCGGACAUUGUGUCGCGCGACGACUUGGUGGACCCGAGCUCCGAGUUCCUCGUGACGCUGCUCGUGGUCGUGCCCAAGAACCAGGCGUCCCAGUGGCUCAACAGCUACGAGCGCCUGUGCGAUCUCGUUGUGCCCCGCUCGUCCCGCAAGCUUGCGGAGGACGAGGAGUAUGCGCUGUUCAAUGUGACUGUGUUCAGGAAGAAGCAGGACGAGUUUGUGCAAAAGUGCCGUGAGGUCAAGGGCCAGGUGCGCGACUUUACGUGGGACGAGGGCCUGCUCGAGCGCGAGCGCCAGGAGCUGUACGAGGCGGGCGCCUCGGAGAAGGAGCUCUGGACCGAGCUGCUGCGGCUCAGCCGCACGCACUUUGCCGACGCGUACCAGGCGCUGAUCCACUUCAAGGUCGUGCGCACCUUCGUCGAGAGCGUCCUGCGCUUCGGCCUGCCUGCUACGUACUUUACCGUGGUCAUCGAGCCUACGCCGCGCAAGGCCAAGACGAUCCUCACAUCCCUCACGAGCCACUUUGGCUACCUGGACGAGUACCUCUCCCGCACCGAAAAGGGGCACGCAGCCGACGCACAGGCGCACCAGGACACGCCUGGCGAGUUUGCCAACCUGCUGGAGCAGGAGGUGUUCCCCUUUGUCCUUACGGAACAGCCCAUGAUUACUGUGUAG